CCACAGCCCAGCAGCGUCCUCAGACCUGUUCUCUGCACCGCCAGCUCAGGUGAGCCCUCACUCAGGUGACCUCGAAGGACUCUGACAAAGGAGUGGUGAGGAGCCUGCAGAGUCACACAGUCGCUGGCCAAGUGAGCUGUAAGCCUGGAGCAAAUCCACCAGCUGCUGACCCCAGCCCCAGUGCCUCUCCCCCUGCAGCCUUGCCCCUCGAACUGUGACAUGGAGAGAGUGACCCUGGCCCUUCUCCUACUGGCAGGCCUGCCUGCCUUGGAAGCCAGUGACCCCUUUGCCAGUAAAGACGAUCCCUUCUACUACGACUGGAAAAACCUGCAGCUGAGUGGGCUGAUCUGCGGAGGGCUCCUGGCCUUUGCUGGGAUCCUGGCGGCUCUGAGUAGCAAAUGCAAAUGCAAGAGCAGCCAGAAGAAGUGUGGUCCUGUACCUGAGAAAGCCACCCCACUCAUCACUCCAGGCUCUGCCACUGCCUGCUGAGCACAGGACUGACUUCCAGGGAUGGCCUGAAGCCCAACACUGGUCCCCACUGCCUCCUCCCCUGGGAGGCCUUAUCCUCCAGGAAGGACAUCUCUGCAAGGGCAGGCUGUUAGGCGUCUUUCUGAUCAGGUUUCUUUAUGAAUUAAACUCAUCCCACACCCCCUC